CUCUCAUCCAACUAUCGAACAGUAACUACAUCAGUUGCAAUUUUUUUCAAAAUGAAUAGGAUGAUUCCAUCUUUGGCACGACAGAAUUUUCAAAGCACUAUCGAAGAGGCAUUGAACCAACAGAUUCAAAUGUAUCAGCUAUCUCAACAGACAUAUCUAGCAGCAGCAGCUUAUUUUGACAAGGCGGAUGUGGCAUUACCUGGUUUUGUAAAGUAUUUCCUUGAACGGGCAGAACAUGAGGGUGAAAUGGCACGAUACUUGAUUGAUUAUCAAAUAACGAGAGGCGGCGUAUGCAUUAUUGGUUCGAUUCCUCAACCUUUGAAUGAUUGGCAAUCAGUUUCGAAUGCAAUUGAAACCUGUUUAUCCCUUGAAAAAGAUGUAAAUAAAUCGUUGAUAAUGUUGACACACCUGGCCAUCAAUAACGAAGAUUCUCAUUUACGUCACAUUUUAAAAGGCAAGCAUUUGAGGUACAAGUUAAAAACGAUAGAGAAUCUUACAAAAGGCUAUACACAGAUCAAGAGAGUAGGUGAUGAAGGACUUGGUUUACACAUGCUAGAUCAAGUUUUGUACAAACACGAAAAAUUUGUGGUAUAACCGUUUCUGCUGCAACGUUAGCCCCUCUCCUCUCGACUUUUAAAUGUAAUAAACUUAUAAAGAAAAAAAAAGUUUUGUACAUACGACAGGAUUGGUCGGACAAAACCCAUCUUUCUG